AACGGGGUAAAGGCGCUAGGUGGAGCUGCUAGCUUUGUAAACAUGUCCAGAGUAGCGGACUCAUCGGGCUGGAUAGCAUCGUUUAACGUUUUUUUACGAUGUUAGUGCUUCUUUUAAGUACACGUCCUGAGUGUAUUUAAGUACGUCCGUCGUCGAAAAAUUAAGAGAUCCAUGAUAACCGAAUCAAGAAAAAAAAAAUCUAAUAAUUGUUUAAAUCUGCUUGUUUUGAACGGACAAGUUGGGUUAGCUUAUUCUCCAUCUGUGUCCGCGAGCUAAGUGAAGCUGCUUGCUAUCCUUUCAAAAUAAAAUGUCGCGUCGCUUCUAAAUCCGGGUGUCUGACUCCUGUUGAAAACGACACUAAAGGCAUGCGGUGCGCUCUCCGGCCGCCCGUCACGCACAUGACGCGCGUUAAGGCGGGGUGAAGGCGUCGUGACCCCCGGACAGACAGGUGUCACCUUUUUUUUUUUUUUUUUUUUGGGUCGGCCGAUGCUGACGGAACCACCAUGCGGCACCACUUCCUGCUGCUCGGGGCUUGCGGAUGGGUUCUGCUCGUCCUGAUCUUCGUGAGCAGGUUCUUCAGCUUCAGAGCUGUCGAUGAUUAUCCGGAGAGAACAGGUCAAAGUUGGACGGUGGCAGGCUCUAAAACGAGGCCCGCCCCUGUAACCAUCCCAGAGAAAGGCGCCGCCAGGCCGUCCCGCCAGCCCUCGGCGGAUCCCCCGGAGGCCGCCUGGGAGCAGGUCUGGGAGCGGCGGGACGAGCUGCUGUCGGCGGCGUGCAGAAACGCCAGCCUCAGCGGUUUGACCCACGUCCCCGUCACCAAGUUCGUCCUGGACCGGAUCUUCGUCUGCGACAAACACAAGCUGCUGUUCUGCCAGACGCCCAAAGUGGGCAACACGCAGUGGAAGAAGGUCUUCAUCGUUCUCAACGGAGCGUUCACCACCGUAGAGGAGAUACCCGAGAACCUGGUCCACGACCACGAGAAAAACGGCCUUCCCCGACUCUCCUCCUUCACGCCGCACGAGAUAACCCUCAGGUUAAACACCUACUUCAAGUUCUUCAUCGUGAGGGAUCCUUUCGAGCGGCUCAUCUCCGCCUUCAAGGACAAGUUCGUGAAGAACCCGCGCUUCGAGCCGUGGUACAAGCACGACAUCGCCCCGGCCAUCAUCAGGAAAUACCGCCGGAGCCACCGCGACAGCGACAGCGAGCGCGCCGGCUCCGGUUUGCACUUCGAGGACUUCGUCCGUUACCUAGGCGACGCCGAAGGCCGGCGCCACCUGGACCAAAAGUUCGGCGAGUCCGUCAUCCACUGGGCGACGUACGCGGAGCUGUGUGCGCCCUGCGAGAUCAAGUACGACGUGGUGGGCCACCACGAGACGCUGGAGCGGGACGCCCAGCACAUCCUCAGAGCCGCCGGCAUCGGCGGGCUGGUGUCGUACCCCGCCAUCCCUCCGGGAAUCACGCGCUACAACCGCAGCAAGGUGGAGCACUACUUCUCUGGCAUCAGCCAGCGGGACGUCCGGCGUCUGUACGCGCGUUACCAGGGCGAUUUCCACAUGUUUGGAUACUCCAGCCCGGACUUUCUCCUCCAAUGAACGACGACAGAAGGUUUAGGAAACUUAUUUAUAGUUAGAGUUGAAUCUAUAAGUUAUUAUAACUCCUCAUCUGCCGUGGAUUUAAUGUGGGUUCUGCUCCAACGUUACUUUUACUCUGUAUUGUUCACAACUUUUAACAGUUUGUGUCUUUUAAGUGUUCUUUUUUAAUGGAAGCCUGGUACUUUAGAAGGUUCUAACACCGUCUGACCUUUGACCUUUGCCUUUGUGCAAAGCACAGACGUAGACUGCAGAUGGGUUUGGGAACGCAAGCGUGGUCUGUUUGUGUGCAUAACACUGUUUAACGUGUGAUAUGUAGACAGAACAGGUUUAUAAUAAAGUUUGAGACUGAA